UUCCAAUUUGGUUUUGGAUUCUUAUAGCCCCUUUCUCUUUCUAUCUAUCUUGGAUUCAAUUUCCCACCACUUAAUCGGAAUGGAGAAGAAGAGGUUUUAGUAUCAUCAUAAGCUGAUCUUCUGAACUGGGUCACUCUCUCUACAGUCCAUACACGAUAUGCUAGAGAUUUGCUUGAUGGCCUCUCAUGGAUUCCCUCCAACUGGAAUCGUCUUCGACCCAGAACAGGGCAUAUCCAGAUUCUCCAAGGAUUACUCGUCUCUUUCCCAUGAAGUCAUUUCACGGCAAGAAAUGAUGAGAUUAGGCUCCUUUGGUUUGAGAUCAGAUCAGGUUGAUGAGCAGUGGAAAUUUCCAAGCAGAUUUGCAAAUGGGACUGACCAAAUUAUGAGAAAACAUGUUAUCAUCGAUUCAGAUGAUGUUGAUCCAAACUCGAUGAUUUUUAACUAUGGAAUGGAUGAAAAAUCCAAUAAGCAUGAGAAAAUUCAAUUUCUUAUGUCUGGAACAAGUCAAGUGGAAAUGGGUGUUCCUCAAUUUGGGUCUAAUUUACUGGAUAUCGGUUUUCAAAACCCUUUAUAUCAUCGAUUUUCCGAUGUUCAUCCUGAAAUGGCACCUUUCGUGCGUUUCACCCAUAGAUCGGAAGUUAUGUUUGAAGGUAGCCAAUUGAUCCUGAAUGGUGCUAGCACUGAAAUGAAGGAUUUAUUGCCUAUUAUUGACGAGUAUUAUUUGGCAAAAGACUCAAAUAGAUGGAAUAAACAGUCAUUAUUGGUACCCUAUUUUGAUAGGUCGGAUUUCUUUAAAACAAGGGCUAAGGUUCAUGGAUCUAAUUUGGCACUUGAUGGAGUUAACUUUGCUCCUUUAAAGAGUCGUGACAAAAUCAAACAAAAAUCAUCUCAGAAGAAGAAAAACAACAGGAAAGUGGUAGGAGAAAGGGAUCUAUACAAAAAGAACUAUUUCCGUGCCUGCGAAAGUCUUCUGUCCAUUUUAAUGGACAAGAACCGCGAUGUAAAAAAGGCGAGUCUUUCGCUGAAGAAGUCUGGUCCUGAACUAUCCCAAUUACUGACCCAAUUCUCAGCAAGUAUAGCCGGGACUGGUAUAGCGGUUCUACUGUCUGUGGUCUGUAAGGUAGCUUAUGGCAGUUUACCUCUCUGCUCAUCUAAGCUUGUAACUACGGGCAUCGGUUUAGGAUUGGUUUGGCUUUCUUGGGCAGUAAAUAAACUAAGGGACACGGUAAUUGCCGUCAGUAAGAUCACUUCUGCUAAACCGGGCAGUGAUAAUAAGAUUGUGGGGAAGUUGGAUUGCUGUGUAAAUGAGAUUUUCUUUAGAGCUGGAACUUUGAUAGCUAUGGCAUUUCUGAGGUUUGCAUGACAAGAUGAAAUUGUAAUUGAUCUUAUAGUGUUUAGAUUUGCAUACAUUAAAACUUUACUGUCAUAAGUUGCCAAUUUUGGGGAUUGAUUUUCUUUUGUUUUG